AUGGGGAAAGUGCAGGACUUCAGAUGUGUUGAAUGUAACGAAAAUGCAACAGAACUGCACCGAGACUACAGCAACGGCAUCCUGAAGAUAACUAUAUGUGAGUCAUGCCAGAAGCCUGUGGACAAGUACAUAGAGUAUGACCCGGUGAUCAUCCUCAUUGAUGCCAUUUUGUGCAAAACUCAAGCGUUUAGACACAUUUUGUUCAACACAAGCCUGAAUAUCCAUUGGAAGCUGUGUGUGUUCUGCCUUCUGUGCGAGGCAUACCUCCGCUGGUCCCUUCUCCACUCCUCAGAGCAGAGCAGUGACCCGGCAGACCUCAUCAGAUACACAAAAGAGUGGGAGUUUUAUGGAAUGUUCCUUUUGGCCUCCCUAGAACUGUCUGCGUUCUGUGGGGGGGUGCUGCUGGUGGUGUGGCUGCUGGUUUCCUGCCUCCAGAGCCAGUCUUUGGAGUUGGGUCUGCUGCUGAAGGGACUGCUGCUGUCCUCCUACGGGAAAGUCCUGCUGGUCCCCACCGUCAUCUGGGAGCACGACUACUCCCCGCUCUGCCUCGCGCUCAUCAAACUCUUCGUCCUCACGUCCAACUGCCAGGCCAUCAGAGUGAUCCUGAACUGCAGCAGACGUCUCUCCAUCCUGACGGUCUGUCUGGGUCUGCUCUGUGAGACCGGAGUGGUCCAGGUCUGCAGCAGUCUCCCCUCGGGUUUCAAAGAGUUGCUCCGUUUCGAAUGA